AUACAGACCAAGACAUGACUAGCCUAGCUUACUCUCCCGAAGUCGUCCUACACCAUGCCAAGAGUAGAUAUAGUUCCGACCCGCUUUUAUAGGUAGACGCGCGAAGAUAUAGCGCGAUCCUGUAGCCUACGACUACCACUUUACAUAAAACGCAAUCUACCACCUCUCUCCCACGUCAGCAGCAGCAUCAUCACAAAAAUGACAUCCCCAAUCCCCUCACCACCCCCUCCGCCCAAACCACAAUCCUCCUUCCCCCUCCCCCUCGAGCUCACCACUCUCAUCUUCACACACGUCAGACAGCCAAGCCGCGCACACAUCCCACGCCGCAAAUACUACAAGUCCAACGGGCCGCGAUACAGCCUUCACGACACCGCCUCGAUCCAGAACCUCCGCCUCGUGUGCAAGACGUUUGCAGAUGCGGGGGCGCCACUGCUGCUCGAGCGGGUGUGCAUUGCGUCGGAAAGGGCGCCGCUGGACCGGCUGCGCAGGCUGUGCGACGAGCAUCCGCUUGUGGCGAGGGGAGUGCGCACGCUCGUGUAUGAUGCUGCGUCGUACGGGUUCUGCAAUGCGUGGCUUGAUCCGCUGCAUCGCGCGAAGCGGAGCCUUGAGAACAGUAACGACGACGAAAACGAGUGCUGCAGCUACUGCGCGAUCAUCAAGGAACUAUACAUCCCCUCCAAGCAAACAGACACCUUCUUCAAGCCCAUGGCCCAAGAGCGCGAACUCAUCCGCGCCCAAGCCCACGACGCCCUCGUCCUCCUCCAAACCGCCCUCCCUGCCCUCCCGCGCCUCUCCAAGAUCAUCUUCUGGUCCUACGCGGAAGAUCACCGCUGGAAGCCCGACCUCUGCGGGCCCCAACUGCCCAGCAGACACAAGCACUUUGCCAACCUCCCCAUCGGCUUCGCGCGCGAGGGCAUCGACUGCCUCGACUUCCGGCCGCUGUUCAACCUCUUUGCCGCGCUGGCAUCAUGCACACCAAACAACAUCCGCACUCUAGACCUCCACAUGCACAUCUCCUUUCUCGCCGCCGCACAGCGCGUGCCCGCGCGCUUCGCCGCACUCUGCGCCUCCUUUGCUCAGGUGCGCGACCUCAAGCUCGCACUCGCGACAAGCACCGACGCACCAGGCGAAUAUCACGACGGCGCGAUCCACGCCCCUUAUCCAAGCUCGCAGACACAGCUCCGCGCCCUGCUAGCCACGGGCCUCCUCGGCCGCCUCAUCGGCUCAUGCGCCGCGCUCGAGCGCCUCAAACUCAACCUCUCGGACAGCGGGAUGCGGCGGGACCGGAGCGGCGGAGAUACAACGACGACGACAAACUAUGCGCUGCCCCUGACGGCGUACGUUGGCAGCGGCACGGAGAAAUGGCCCGAUCUGGCGUAUUUGUACCUUGGCUCGCUUGACCUGACGUCGGACGAGCUGUGCCGGUUUCUUGUGCGGCACCGGCGCAUCACGGAGCUGGACCUGGAUCGGAUUACGCUGCGGGAGGGCUCGUGGGCGCCCGUCAGCGUGCUUGCGUUUCGACUGCUGCGGUAUCGGAAGGUGAAGCAGCACCAGCUCAGGCAGUGCGAUACGACGAGGUCCGGGUUUGCUGGCUUAGCGGCCGAGUAUGAGCAGGCGUUGGGCAUGGGGUUUGAUGAGUAUAGGCAUGUGGCGGAUAAUCUGGUGUGGUGGGAGGACAUGUCAAGCACGCAUGGCGGGCAUGAUGUGGAUGAUACGGAGUGGUAAAGGGCUGUUGGCCACAUGGCUUGUAUGUAUGAUACACAAAUGUAGUGGAAAGGUGCUACCAUGACUGAGAGGACCGUCAGCAAGGGCUACGAGUAUCGUGGAGAUGUAGGCUUGCAUUCAAUUCGCAACAUCACGAGCAAGGUCACACGAGGAAGCAAAAUCAACGAGAGUAAAAGACAAGUCGAUAGACAAUGUUCAACAUUUGACUUGGACAUACUGCGCUCUGCACCAGUCUAUGAUCGAACCCAAGC